UUAAUAGCUUAUCCUGGUGAAGCAGAGCAGUCAUUCAUUCAGAUGGAGCUUCAGGCAGUUGCAUCAGUUCCUGUGCGUGUGCGUAAUGGCUGUGCCGCCGCUGCUCCACGCUACUUUUUAUUCCCAGGACGCAGAAUAGACAUAAAUCCCCGCUCCGCUUGGAAGCGCUCUGGUCGCAAUAGAGACGUCACCGGGUUGGUUCAACCAAACAAAGUGCGCAGCUAUUUUGCACGCUCCGACAACAACCUCCAGCAGCAGCAGCAGCAGCACCAUGCGUGUGGAUAACGUGCUGAUUCCACUCAGAUCCUCUCGCCUUCUGGACUCGAUAUUUGCGUCAAAUCCAUAGCACAACCCGAUUUUUUAUUUUUUUUUUUCCAACACGGAUUUGAUCGCGUUGCAGCAAAAAUCGGACGUGGAUUUUUGAAGGGUUUUACUUGGAGUUAUGGAGGAAGCGGCUCAUCCUGCCCCUGGUACCAGUGUUGCCCCAUCUCCGCCGAGGCCUCAGCCCUGCACUUUUACCCCGUCCCGCAGCCUGCUGGAGUGGAGGCGGAGGGUCAAGUCGGAGUAUAUGCGCCUGCGCCAAUUAAAACGCCUUAAAAAAGCAGAUGAGGUCAAGACUCUCUUCUCAUCAAACCGGCAGAAGAUUGAGCUCCAGACCAAUGUCCUAAACUCAGAGUGGUCCAAGCUGAAGAUUCAGUCCAUCCCGCUGUCAGUGUCUAAUGUAGCACUGGCUAACAAGAAGAUGUGUUCGGUGGAGUUUGGUUUCCCAGGAUUCAAAGCUCAAGCCGUCGCCAUGAGGCCACUGUCGACUGUGGCGGGGAUCCCCUUCAUGUACUCCUGGUCUCCUCUGCAGCACAAUUUCAUGGUAGAGGAUGAGACGUUCCUCCAUAACAUCCCUUACAUGGGCGAUGAGGUACUGGAACAGGAUGAAGCUUUCCUGGAGGAGCUCAUUGAUAACUAUGACGGUGUCCAUGGCGACAGAGAGGGGAAUUCCCGCAGCCAGACUCCCACCAAGCAGCGUCCGGGGGAUGACGCUGCAGACCAGCCGGCCUGCUGUGUGGUUCCGUGGAGCGGAGCGGAGGAGUCUCUGUUCCGCGUGCUGCACGGCACAUACUUCAACAACUUCUGCUCCAUCGCUCGCCUUAUUGGGACCAAAAACUGCAAGCAGGUAUACGAGUUUGCGGUAAAGGAGGUUCUGAUCCAUCGGGUUCCUUUGGAAGAUGGAGGCAUUUUGCCCCAAAAGAAGAAAAGGAAACACAGGUUAUGGGCAAAAAUCCAGCUAAAAAAAGAUAACUCGUCCAAUCAAGUGUACAACUAUCAGCCGUGUGACCACCCCGACCACCCAUGUGACAACUCCUGUCCGUGUGUGAUGACCCAAAACUUUUGUGAGAAGUUCUGCCAGUGUGAGAAUGAAUGCCAGAACCGCUUCCCAGGCUGCAGAUGUAAGACCCAGUGUAACACUAAGCAGUGUCCCUGCUACUUGGCUGUGAGGGAAUGUGACCCAGAUCUGUGCAUGACUUGUGGCGCUGCAGACCACUGGGACAGCAAAGUGGUGUCUUGCAAGAACUGCAGCAUCCAAAGAGGCCUAAAAAAGCACCUUUUGCUCGCUCCGUCGGAUGUUGCCGGGUGGGGCACCUUCAUCAAAGAGCCUGUCCAAAAAAACGAGUUUAUCUCUGAAUACUGUGGAGAGCUGAUCUCUCAGGAUGAGGCGGAUCGGCGCGGAAGGAUCUACGACAAAUACAUGUCCAGCUUCCUUUUCAAUUUAAACAACGACUUUGUAGUAGACGCCACACGAAAGGGGAACAAAAUUCGCUUUGCAAAUCACUCGGUUAAUCCUAACUGCUACGCUAAAGUGGUGAUGGUGAACGGAGAUCACCGCAUUGGGAUUUUUGCCAAACGAGCAAUCCUGCAAGGAGAAGAGCUCUUCUUUGACUACAGAUAUAGCCAAGCUGAUGCCCUCAAGUAUGUUGGAAUAGAGAGGGAGGUAGACAUGACUUAGCGGCCUCCAGAACUCGUGUUUGGGAUUUCAGCCUCCCCACUCAGGCUUUUAAUCACAGCACGUCCUAAAAAAGAAAGUCUCUGUUUGCAGGUGCAAACACUACAACAUCUCCAUCUUUUAUCUGCCAAAACCUGCAAGAUUCCCAUCGUACAAGUAUUUAAACUGGAAAUAUUAUGAAUUAGUACUGCUUAGAAUUUCACAUUUAAUUCCAUUCUCUUAAACCCAUUAAACCGACUAUUAAUUUUUGUUACCGUACUAAUCAACUGGUUUUUGUUACACAUCUCAGCACAUGUAUACAAGCUCUACAGCAGAAUAUCUGUGAAAUGCAUGAGCUGCCUUUCGACAAACCUUUCAUUAAACUCUUAGCUGCUGCAGUCAAUAUUGUAUUCGGUGAGGUUACGCUUUGACUGUUUGACCGCAUGAUGUGUUUUUCUGCCAAGCAUUUCAGCAGUUGGCUUCACCGCCACAUCUUUGUGGUGGUAAAAAAAAUAAAUAAAAAUAAGCUA